CUGCUUGUUCUGAGCUCUGUUCAACAAACACCGGCUCCCUCUCAUCAUCCACCUCUUCCCCCCUCUCUCUGAAUCGACCGCGUAUCUCCCUUAUCAUCAUCUGAAGUCAUGGUCAGCAAGAGUGCGGCUCAAGAUGCGAACUCACUCACUGUGCGCGACAACCGUACGGGGAAGACGUUCACCGUCCCAAUUGUCGACAACAGUAUCUCUGCUGUAGACUUCAAGGCCAUGAAAGCUCCCAAGGCGCCCGGGGAGCGCGAUGAGAAUGAGACCGAGAAGGGUCUACGUGUUGCGGACAAAGGCUUCUUGAACACCGCCGUUCUGCGAAGCCAAAUCACGUACAUCGAUGGAGAGGCGGGUGUUCUCCGCUACAGGCGCGUUUAUUUGAUGUGCGGCGGUGGGGUUCUGACCUCGGAUUGCAGAGGGUAUCCUAUCGAACAACUGGCCUUGCACUCGUCGCAUCUGGAAACCGGCAUGUUCAAGCUUGUUAUCUACGCGCUUUCGUCUCAUUCUACUCAGCGUAUCUUCUCAUCUACGGAUCUUUGCCUACGAAAUCCCAGUUUCAAGUCUUCCAAGAUGAAGUCAUGCAUCAUUCCAUCGUCCACGCAGAUGCUGCGCAAUUCUUCAGAAGCUUCCGGUAGGUAUGAUGCCCAUCCCAUGGCCAUUUUGACCAGUGCUUUUGCGUAUAUCGGCUCGUAUUACAGCGAGGCGAACCCUUCGUUGCAAGGUCAAACUCUUUUCACCAAGGGCGAUGAAGCGUCUCUAGCAAUACUAGACAAGCAAAUAUACCGACUUAUCGGGAAAGCCACGACCCUGGCUGCAAUGGCUUAUCGAGUACGACAAGGCCGGGAGUUUGUGACACCUCCUACAGGCCUCAGCUAUACCGGCUCGUUUCUGUACCAAAUGGACUAUCUGGGACAGGAGAACUACGCACCGAACCCAGUGCUCGAAAAGGCACUAGAUGUCCUGUUUCUGCUGCAUGCUGAUCACGAGAUGAACGCGAGCGCUUCGUCCGUGAUGCAAGUCGGCUCGUCUUUGGUGGAUCCCUAUUCGGCCAUCGCGGCUGGAUGCGCCUCUUUGUAUGGACCAUUACACGGGGGGGCUAAUGAAGCGGUGAUUCGCAUGCUCAUCUCCAUCGGAAAGCCCGAGAAUGUUCCCGCAUUCAUUGAAGCUGUCAAAAGGAGAGAAAAAGUCCUUUCUGGUUUCGGACACCGGGUGUACAAGACAUCCGAUCCUCGCUCUUUCCUAGUUCGGAAGACUGCGGAUGAAGUCUUCAAGAUCACGGGCAAGGAUGAGCUGUUGCAAACGGCUAUGGCUCUGCACGACGCAGCCAUGAAAGAUGAAUACUUCAUCAAGCGGAAAUUGGCCCCGAAUGUUGACUUCUGUUGCAGUGGAUUGAUAUAUCGGGCAAUGGGUUUCCCGAACGACUAUUUUCCCGUGUUGUUCGCGGUACCGCGUGUAGUCGGCUGGCUUGCACACUGGCGGCAGGCAAGCAUCUUUGACGUGACGUCACGGAGGACUGAUGGCUCCCUUGCAGAUGAUGCUCCAAGGACGAGUUCAGAUUUGGCGGCCGCGUCAAAUCUAUGUGGGAGCCGGCAAGCGAGAUUAUGUGCCAGUCGACGCCCGAGAAGCCGUCGAAGGUUUGCAAGAACAGCCCUCGGUCGUUCACCAUUCCGGGAUCUCGAAAAGGACUCAGCUGGCGUCCUUCAAAGGGCAGGCAAAGUUGUAGUCGAGGCUCUUGGUCGGAUCUUGGCCUCAUUCCUGUUCCUUUUUCUCUCCACGACCUCCCUUACCUCGCCACUACUCUCCACCCUGCGAAAGAUGUUCGCCACACUCGUUUCCCUCGCGCUCAUUGCUGCCCCUGCUAUCCGUGGUGUUGCCGCUGAUCUGUCCAUUGCUACCCCCGCCCUGACCCAGUGCGGCGAUGCUCAUAUCAGCUGGACUGCCUCGAACGGACCGUACAACCUCAUUCUUGUGAACUCUACCGAUCCUUGCGGCGAGAUUCUCUCCGAUCUCGGUGACCACGCUGGUACCCACAUCACCUGGAAGGUCAACUACCCAGCCAAGUCUACGCUCAUGCUCUCGCUCGAGGAUAAGGAUGGCAACGACGUCUGGUCGCAAGAGAUGGUCGUUGCCGACAGCUCUGACGCCUCUUGUCUCAACAACGCUGCUGCCGCUGCCGUCUCUGUCUCUGCCAGCCAAUCUGCCGUCUCUGUCUCGUCUGCUUCGGCUGUCCCUGUUCCCACUAUCCCGACGGACGUUGUCCAGGCCGCUGGUGCUGCUGUGACCGAUAGCUCGACUACUGCAGGUGGUGCUGCGGUUGCAGGCGCUCUCAGCGGGUCGGGCCACUCUGGUGCUCUCUCGCUCACCUCGAGCCCCAUUAUGGCCCUGUGCGCAGUAUUUGCUGCUGCUGCCCUUGCCCUGUAAUCACUAUACCCGCCCUUUUUUCCGCUCGGGUGCAACACCAUCUCACCUCCAUAUCUUUUUCUAUCCUUAUCCCAUUCCGACUCCCUAUGGGUACAAUGCCUAACCGGCGCUGGCAUUAUUUCUUUCAGAUAUUCGAUAACGAUGUAGAAUAACGCUUUCGUUGGGGUUCGUUUGUUCAUCGUCUCCUUGAAGUGAGGCGAGCUGGUCAUUCUGGGCUUCCUCUCAUCUGUUGAAUAAAUCCGUCCUUGUCGUUAUACCUCGCGGAAUCUAUAUACCUUUUAGUGGCGGCGCCCUUUCGUAGCAGUGUUUGUCUCAACUUGACCUUCAACCAUCAUGUCAGAUUGGCACUCGAUAACGCUCCGGAUUCCAUUCGUAUCCGCUAAGCACGCGCUCAUUGCCAUGCAAACCAUCCAGGUGGAUAGCGAACUGCAACCGCACGCCGUGAAACGCGUGUUGUCCGUCGAAGACGAGGUUCUGAUCGCCACAUUCGACACGCUCACUGUGCGAUUAGCACGUCUCACCGUCAAUUCAUUCCUCGAAAAUGUCGACCUCGUUGUGCGCACAUUACAACAUUUUGGAGAGGACGCGGAACAU